AUGGAGCUCCUUCGGCCGAAUCUGUCGCUGGCGUUCCUCGCGGCCGCGCUGCUCGCUUCUGUCACCGGCAUCACCGCGCUCUACGCCCCCUCGUCCGACGUGGCCAUUCUCUCGCCCUCCAACUUCAAAUCCGCGGUGAUCGAGUCAGGCGAAGUCGUGCUGGUCGAGUUCUUCGCGCCGUGGUGCGGCCACUGCAAGAACCUCGCGCCCGCAUGGGAGAAAGCCGCGACGGCGCUCAAGGGAAUCGUGACCGUCGCAGCCGUGGACUGCGAUGCGAACCCGUCGCUCGCGCAGGAGUACGGCGUGCAGGGCUUUCCGACCAUCAAGGUGUUCGCGCCGCACCUCAAGACGCCCGCGGAUUUCCAGGGCCAGCGCGACGCCAAGGCCAUCGUCGACUUUGCGCUCUCGCAGGUGAAAUCGCUGGUCAGCGCGAGGAUGGGCGGGAAGGUGGGCGGCGGCGGCGGGGGCAGUGGCGGCGGGCGGAAGGCGGAGAGCGGGCCGAGCGCGUCGGUGGUGCUGACGGGCGAUAACUUCGACGACCUGGUGGUGAACAGCAAGGAGCUAUGGCUCGUCGAGUUCUUCGCCCCCUGGUGCGGGCACUGCAAGAACCUCGCCCCCGAGUGGAGCGCAGCGGCGCGCGCGCUCAAGGGGAGGGUGAACCUGGGGCAGGUGGACUGCACAGUCGAACAAAACCUCGCGCAGCGCUUCAAGAUCCAGGGCUUCCCCACCAUCCUCGUGUUCGGCGACGACAAGGAGAACCCCAAGCCGUACGAUGGCCCGCGCGUGGCGUCAGGCAUUGAGUCAUAUGCGCUGGAGCUGCUGGAGCAGAAUAUGCCGCCACCCGAAGUGUACGAGAUCACGUCACAGGACGUGUUGGCGGGAUGCACGGACUCCACCAUCUGCUUCGUCACCUUCCUCCCACACAUCCUCGACAGCGCUGCCAGUGGCCGCAACAAGUACCUCGACACCAUUCUCGCCGUCGCUGACAAGUUCAAGAAGAACUUCUACAAGUAUGUGUGGGCGGAGGCUGGGGCACAGCCGGCUCUGGAGAAGGCCCUUGGCGUGGGGGGCUAUGGGUACCCGGCUCUCAUUGCCCUGAACGCCAAGAAGCAGCGGUUCAGCCCGUUCAAGAGCGCCUUCGAGCAGGAGCACCUGAGUGAGUUCGUGCGCCUGGCGGCCCGGGGUGGGCGGGGCAUAGAGCCCGUGGAGAGCAUUCCGGAGGCGGAGAGCAGGGAGCCAUGGGAUGGCAAGGAUGGGCAGGUGGUGGAGGAGGAGGAGUUCAGCCUGGAGGAUCUCAUGGGAGAUGACUCGCCGCCUGCUGCUGCUGCUGAUGACGAGCUCUAA